AUCUGUCAUCCUUGAAGCUACAAGCAACAAACGGAGGAGUUUGUUACAACCUUUUCAGUGUGUUUCCUGUGGCAUUCCAGCACUUUUUGCAUGCCAAAGACAUAAAUGCAACUUUUUCACGGACUGUCCGUUUGACGUAUUUCGAGGAAUUUUAAAAUAUCCAUAUUGGUGUGAGGGCUCAGUGCCAUGCCAGAGAAAUCUCAAAGCAUGGCCCAUGACGUCCCAGUGGGUGAAGAAUCACCUCGAUUGUCCAUCGCCUCACUUGGCAGUAAUGACCGCUCUUCCAUUACUACGCUGUCUGAUUGCUCUGACUUCACAGACGUCCAGAGGCCCGUAAGCGUAGUCUCCAACAUAUCAUCUGGCUCCAAUUCCUCUCGGGAUGACAUUCCCUUGUCAGGCGUUGUGUCCACUGCUGUACCAAUCGAAGACAAUGUGGAUCUAGAGCUGACUCCUGCUGCCAAUCCGACUGAACCUAAUCUUACCCAAACAUCCAGUCACUUCCUCCAGCAAAACAGCAGCAACACUGUUAACAACAAUAGCAGUUUCUCUCCAUUUGCUGCCAACACCAUGGCACCCAACCCUGAGCUCACCUACUUGGACCGCGUGGUUAUGGAGAUCAUUGAGACCGAACGGAUGUAUGUGAGAGAUCUGCGGAGUAUUGUAGAGGACUACCUUGCUCAUAUUAUAGAUACAGGAGAUCUUCCAAUCAAGCCAGAACAGGUGUGUGCCCUAUUUGGAAACAUAGAAGACAUCUAUGAAUUUAACAGUGAGCUGCUUCAGUCACUGGACAUGUGUGACAGUGAUCCUGUGGCCAUUGCCAGAUGCUUUGUGAUUAAGAGUGAAUAUUUUGACAUCUACACACAGUAUUGUACCAACUACCCAAACUCUGUGGCUGCUCUAACAGACUGCAUGAGAAACAAAACUCUUGCUAAAUUCUUCAGGGAGAGGCAAGCUAUUCUAAAGCGAUCGCUGCCUUUGGGAUCUUACCUUCUCAAGCCAGUCCAGAGGAUCCUCAAAUAUCAUCUGUUACUUCAGGAGAUUGCCAAACAUUUUGAUCCACAGGAGAAUGGAUACGAGGUGGUGGAGGAGGCCAUAUACACCAUGACUGGUGUUGCAUGGUAUAUAAAUGACAUGAAGAGAAAACAUGAGCAUGCAGUCCGUCUUCAGGAGGUCCAGUCUCUGCUUAUAAACUGGAAAGGGCCUGACCUGACUACAUAUGGAGAACUGGUUCUGGAGGGCUCUUUUCGCAUCCAUCGUGCAAAGAAUGAGCGCACACUCUUUCUCUUUGAUCGCAUGCUCCUCAUCACCAAACGAAGAGGAGAACAUUAUGUCUACAAGACCCACAUAUCGUGCUCGACACUGAUGUUGAUUGAGAGCGCCAAGGAUUCGCUAUGCUUUAGUGUUACUCAUUACAAGCAUCCCAAACAGCCACAUACUGUCCAGGCUAGGACAUUGGAGGAGAAGAAAUUAUGGGCUCAUCAUAUUAAACGGCUCAUUAUAGAAAACCAUCAGGCUGUGAUACCACAAAAGGCAAAGGAAGCCAUUUUAGAGAUGGAUUCAAUUUACAAAAAGUAUAGGUACAGCCCUGAAAGACUCAAAAAGUCUGUGUCCUGCCAGUCAGAGGAAUUUUCCAACUUUAGACAAGGCCUGAAACAGUCAGAAGCAUCUAAAGAAGUUUUAAAGAGCACUAAAGCAAUACAGAAGCAUUCUGAUAUUGAGGCACCGAUGGAGGCUGACAAAUGGCCUCUACAGGCCUCUGAUAGUGUAAGCUCUGUUGAUCUUGGCUUAUGUGAGUCUUCAGCUGAAGAGACCGAUGCACAAGAAGAAUACUCUCUCAAAGCCUUCAUUCCCAGUGAUAAUGAGGAGCCAGUUCAUAUCUUGACAUCUGUGAAGGGCAGAUUGAUACAAGAGGAUGGAGAUGAAGCAGAAGUGGGAGAAAGUGACUCCGACAAUAUUCUAAUGGAGGACAACCAGGUAGCUGACUUUGCCAGUUCCAUGUUGGCUGCCAUUUCCUGCUGGCACUAUAGAGCCAGAGCUUUGCUUUCCAUGGACUUCGCAAUGGAAGAAGAGGAGUGUGCAUUCCCUGAGAAUAAUUUAAAAAAAGAAAACAGACCAUCAGUUGAACAUGUCAAAGCAGGUCUGAAGGAUGAAAAAUGCAUCUCUGAACAGGACAAAUCACAAAAUCUGAAAAUGACCUCAUGCUGGGGUACCACUGACAAAAUAAAGCAAGACACCUUUUGUGAUCCAGAGCCCAUAGAUGUACAUCAACAUGUCCUAGAUAUUCGGGAGAUGGAGUCUGCAAUAGACCAAGAUGAUCAGAAAGGUACCAAAGAAGAGACAGAGGCGGGCAAGUCUUUGUUACAUCAAAAUGACACACCUGGUGAAUCCUCAGAGGAUGAAGAAGACACAGAAGAAAAACCAGGCUCGACCAGCAUCCUACCAUCAUCUGUGCUUGAUAAGGCCAGCGCCAUUGCUGAACAUUUUGUCUGUACUGCGAGGCGUAUUAGCAUCAGCACAGAUGAUGCACGCUCCCCCAGUUGCCCAUCACCACAUCUUCCCAGCAGGACAGGCAGUACUCUAAGUCUUAGAGAUUCUCUUGAACAUCAACAUCGCCUGACUAGCACCUACUCUGAUUCAUGUGGAAGUCCUUUGACCCAGGAAAAUCUUGCAUCCGUAGAGUUCACGAUUGGGUCAUCAGUAGAAGAUGGUCUUUUUGACUGUGAUAGAAGCAUCUACAGAAGAAGGGAUUCGGUGCUAUCCACACAAGAUCAACUACUCAUUAACAAGAUCAGGAGUUACUAUGAGAAUGCUGAACACCAGGAUGCUACAUUCAGCUUGAAGCGCAGAGAGAGCCUUAGUUACAUUCCAAGUGGGCUUGUUAGAAAUUCCGUUAGUCGUUUCAACAGCAUUCCUAAAGAUAAAGGGCUUGCCCUAGAAACAACAAUCAAAGCAUUUGAACCUGAUAAAGAUUGUACUUCAUCCAUGCCAUCUCUUUUGGACACCCCAGCUCUAUCAGAAGCCACUGUGAGUGCAAAUUCAUCCCAUCACGAACAACCUGUUGUCAGUGCUUCCACAAGUCACACAGGGUUCGAUGUAGAUGGUUCUGUGAAACCUCAGUCUACCUAUAUUCAAGCUGAGAGUGAGCAGAAAGAGGUUUUCCAUCCCUCCUCUGAGAUGAUCAAAGUAUGGCAAGAUAUGGAAAGAGAGGUCACUAGAUAUCAAGGAGACCUUAAAGCACUGGUGCCCAGAGGAAAUCCUUAUUUUAAAGGGAUCUCUCCCAACCUUAUCAGGAGGGAUCCAAACCAGAAUAAAAAGACAGAAGCCAAAGGUAACAAUGGACCGACUGCAUUUGAAGAUUCAGAUUUGAGCACUAUCAGGGAGGAGUUCUUCACACCAUCACCGUUAAUAGAGAAAGAAAACAGUGAAGCCAUUAGUAAGAGUGAUGCCAUCAGACAAAAACAAUGGCAGAAUGAAGGUAGACCCCUUAGCGCUCUAGCCCCCCGAGUUAUCCAGUUAAGAGCAGAAUAUGAAUAUGAGAAAGGCACAGGAGCGCAGCCAGCUGAAGAUGGAGAUUCAGCCCAAAACAAGGUUUUAAAUCUUGCAAGGAAAUACAGUCAGCGCAUUAAGUGCACUCAACCUACGCUGAAACAGAGGAGUCAGGAGUCAGGAGAAACAUGGUUGACCAAGAGGAACAUGCUGUCAGUGGUAGAUGAAAAGCCAGAGGAGGUCAAAGGUAAACCAGACUUAAUGCCGUCCAUUGCUCCAUAUGAUCAGGCUGAUUGUGACAGAGACCAGGGGGCACAGCUUAUGCCUCUCAGCCCAUCUCACAGUCCUACACCACCCGAGAAGUUCAACUGGCCAGAUGUCCGGGAGCUUCGCUCAAAAUAUGCACACCUAGACAACUUGUCUUCUCAGCCAGCAGCUGGCCAAAAUCAGUCUGCGGCGGAGAGGAUGUUUGACCGCAGUUCUACAUGUACAAGACGUUCUAGCUGCUCUUCCAGCCGCUUAGUCACUUCUAAUGGCUCCUUGGAUUAUUCGUUUCAAACGUUCUACCCUGGAAAGGAUACAGAACAAUUCCCAACUCGGACACAGCGUGCUGGCUCUCUUGACCAAAAAUUGGGUAGUUUGUACUUAAGAGAUUUGCAUAUUCUUCAGAAUACAAAUGUCAGCAGUGGCAGCUACUAUGUCUCUGCUCAAGCUACACUCCCCAAUGAGAAGAAUAUAAUUGUGAUUGAGAAGGUUCCCGAGGUUCCACCAGCAGAGGAGAUCGACCUAUCUACAAAAGAGUGCAAGAAACAGGAAACAAUAGAUGAUGGCUAUGUCCAAAUCCGUUCACCGACUUCUCACGAGAAGAUCUCAAUCAUGGCUGUCAUCGACCGCUGUCGAGCAUAUCAGGACUCAGAUGAAUACCGUCAAAGGGAAGAGGGUGGAUGUAAGACAGAAAAGUUGCCUAAGACUGAGUGUUGCAAAAAAGUAGAGAAACCCUCAUCCUGUAGUGAACAUUCAGAUGAUACUGUUAAAGAUGCACUGGGUUCUGGAAAAAAGGCUGAUUCUAGUCAGCACAGCGUUGUUAAGAAUCUUAGAGACAAAUUUCAAAACAUAAGAUAAAAUGUGUUGUUUCAAAGCAUCUCCAUUUUACUUUUCAGUUUGCGAAAGACUUGUGCAAUACUAUUGAUUCAUUAAUAUAUUUCUUUAUGCCCUCACCACUGAAGCUAUAUUCAUCAGCAGUUAAAUCCUUUUGCAAAUGUAAAUCCCUCAAAAGUAAUACCCAUUACAUUUCGCAUGCUGUUUAACAGGUAUUUGACCACUGAUUGAUUCUUGUUGACUGCUGAAAUUGAGACCCUUCUGAUUUUUUUAAUGGUCUGAAUGCCAGGCACAGUGUAAAUAUUGCUGUACAGUUCAAAUCAAUUGUUGUAUCAUUGAUUGUAGAUAUACAUGUUUGAUUUUCUUAAUAUUUACAUUAUGGGAAUUGUAUUUUAUAGUUUAUGUAACAAUUAAGUUAAAGUUUCUCUUGCCAGAGUAUAUCUAUACUAUAAUGUAGGAGCAGUGUGGUUCCAGUCUAGAUUCUAAAUGGAACAGACCAAUGAGUUUUUAAAUAGACAAACACAUCAACAAAUGCGGUUCUUUUUUGGAAUUUUAGCCCUAUGCUGCAUCCCAAUUCGCAUACUAUCCAUCCUAAAUAGUAUUCAAAAAUAGAAUUAGUAUGUCCCAAACCAUAGUAUGUUGAAUAGAGUAUGCCAAAGGUUCCCGGAUGGUCUACUAUUCCAGUAACAUUUUUUGAAGUGUAGAAACGUCCAUACUCUAACCGCUAAUGUCGUCCACAAUACAUUGCAUGUUGGACAUGAAUUUGAUUAGAACUACAAACGUGGGUUAGAAGUGUAAACGAACUACAAACAUGGUGAACACGCAAGACCAACCGUCAAGUAGAGAAGCUUCGGUAAAGAUAUUUAAAUGACUAUUAAUUACUCUCUAGCCAACUGGAACAUAUUUAAACUGCGUUUUCCUUGUUAUAAUUCAUCUGCAACAACAAUGUGGACUUAUAUCAAGAUAUGUUUGGACAUUAACUUCUGAUUGCAUAAUUAUCCAAAGAGCUGAGGAGAUUUCUCUGCAUGAAAGACUGGCGAGUGGCAGAUUAUCCUGCUUCUGCUACUCCAAUAAGGUAGCGAAUUAAAUAUGAACGAAAUGUGGGUGAUGUGUCGAGAUGAUUUACAGGGGGAUGUAACUAAACCACAUAACAAUCUGUUAACAAGGAAGUAGUACGUCCCAAAGCUUGCAUACUCUUCUGUUACACACUCAAAAGUACACACUUUUAGGGCAUAGUAUAAGUAUGUGAAUUGGGACGCAGCACUAGUCUUUCAAAAAUGCAUUUAAAAAGCUACCUUUAUGCCAGAACCUAGAACCUAAUAAAAACAUUAGACAUCAUGUGUUGUUAUUGAGCAUGAAAGUUUCAGUCAUAGUUUAAGGUUACCACAUGACAUUGUUAUCAUGCUUGGUACAUCUAACAUCAGAGGCCUGUUUCACAAAAAUGAGUUGAACAAAUUCUGCUGCAGAGUAAGUUUUGGGUUGACAGCUUAACCUGAUCUUAACCAGGUUGGAUUUUGUUUCACAACACUCCAAAUAAGUGUUCUCUGUCAACGCAGACUGGAACUGUGAUGCGAGCAGCAAACAGCCAAUCACACAAUACAUCGGAGGGUGAGUUUGAGUCAUUUCUCUCUAGAUAGUCAGCAAUUAAUGUCUGUUGAAUAUUUAGAGGUAUCAUUAUCAAAAAUAUAAUGAACUUAAACACAUUUAUAAGGCAGAAAUAAGACACUUGGGGCCUGGGGGUGGCUUUGAUGCAUCCCAUAUGUCACUUUAUUUGCAGCUGAUACAGUUUGCGAUCUCCCAGAAUAAAACCUGCUCCGGCUUUGUGCAAGAGGACUCAGAUUUGGGUAACAUUCACCUUAUUAAAAUUUGUGUUUAUUUAUUUUUAUCUUAAGUACUGUUGCUUUGGCUGGCCGUGAUCAAUGCUAGUACGCUAGUCAUUGUGGGGAAAAAAAAAGACUUUGACAAUAAUUUCCCUUUAAGUGUUCUGUGGGCCUCCAGUGCAAAGGGGUGAUCGUACAGCAAAAUGUUGUAUUUUCAUACCCAGACCAUGUAUGAUUCCUUUCAGCUAUGUUUUAAUCAAAUUAAUGCUAUUGUUCCAUACAAUACUUUGAUAUUCGAAGACUGUAAAUAAAUAUAAGAGAACUGCG